UGAAUGAGCCUGGCUUGUUUGAGAGCAACGGACUGGCUGUUUUCUGCUGUCCAUUCCAACAGCGACUAGGUGUGUGAAGUUGUUUAAAUUGAAAAUUAAGUUUACUUCAUGUCAAAGUGCACUUCGCACGAGGCUCGGUCCGGUACACACUACACGAUGUGGCUAAUGGCUAUUACCAGACAGCGCUGACUUCAGGCAUCAGCACUGAGUUCAGGUCAGUGCUAUCCAAGGCUCUGGACAGUUCCAGAGAUCCUCCAGAGAGAUAGGCAGACUUUCCAAGUCAGACCGUCUUUGUGGUCCAGGCUCCCUCCCGAUGCUGAGUGACACCUGAGCAACGGACUCGGUUCUCAGGGACAGAAAGGUGGAGGCCCAGACUCCCGAAGGCUAGGGAGGUGCUAACUGAAUCAGUGCUGGGCGAGCAGCUACUCUGUUGCAACCCUUGCCAGUCUGACAGGCUCCUGCAGAGUUACAUCACUUCCUAAAAAUCAGGCAAACACCUCUCCUUCAAGUGAGCACCGACCCAAAGGAGCAGGAAACAGGAAAUGUGCGCGUCGGAGGGCGGCCGGGGCUCCGCAGCAUCCUGAGCGCAGGCGAGCCAGCUGACAUGACCGCGCUGUGCAUCGCCCUGGUCUCGGCCCUAGGACUGGCGCUCGGUCACUCCGACCAGGGCACCGAGGAUGAGUUAGAGCACUCAGGAUACAGCACCACAGAAGAAGACAAGACGGAUGAAGUGACAACCAGCGCUUUGACUCUGGUGAGCACGGAAGUGUUAACUGCAGAUACGAAUUCUACACACACUGAUGAGCCCCCAGACCCGCAGGAGUUCGUGCUAAUGGUGGCGGUCCCCCUGGCGGCGCUGGUCAUUCUUUUAUCUGUGGUUCUCCUUGCUGUCUACCUUAAAAGCAGGAGACACAAGCAAGAGCCUUCUAGCCAAGGAUCUCAGAGUGUCUUGCAGACAUACGAGCCCAUUGGCGAAAACCUGAAAGUCCCUAUUUUUGAAGAGGACACACCCUCCGUGAUGGAAAUAGAGAUGGAGGAGCUGGACAAGUGGAUGAGCAGCAUGGCUAGGAACGCCGACCAUGAAUGUUUACCUACUUUGAAGGAAGAAAAGGAGCCAAACCUCAGCCCAAGACCGAGUUGGAAGACUGCAGUAGGAUGCACAUACCUGAGGGCCAAGGAGAGCGAGCACAACUGCCCACUGUGGUCACCCAUGCCCUUCCUUGGAAGUAGAGUUGGCAAACGUGGAGAUGCACUGGAAUGUAGCAGAGAGGACAGCAAACCCAGAGGAGAAGCCGGAAGCAAGCAGCAGGGCUCUGCCUGCUCUCCAGGAUAAGCAGGUGGCCUCCUGCCGUACUGGGGAAAAGCUGUGAAGUCAGAUAUUAGACAAAGAUAGCCAAACUAGAAACCAGCAAACCAAAGAAGCAUGAGUUAGCCAACAGCAUGGUUAUGUUCAAUGACCAGGUCCAUAGCUUACAACCAUUCACACCCCAAGAUACCUAUGAUGGAUUUCUCCAUGGUGCAGAGAGCAUGCCCCGGCCCCUCUGUGGGCUUGAACAAGACACACUGUUGAAAACAAGCCAGGACCACAAACUCUGAAGGGAAAAUAGCACAUGUGUGUUUUAUUUGUUUGUCUGUUUGUUUGUUUUUGAAAAGACAUUUGGCAUCUAUUCAUGGGGAAUGGAAUUAGAUUUAAUUAAACGAGAGAACCCCCAACUCCAUCUGGUUCCCCCGUCACUGGGGAGGGGUUUGGAGAGAGCUAGGGUUUGUCUAUUGGUGUACAAGAAUUUCUCCUUUAAGAAUCAAAUAUAAAAUUCAAACUGCCCCUUACUUGGGAAGUUGUAAGGUAAACACUGCGGCCUUUCUGAUCGUUUAGACUCCUGGGUCGCCUCUGCAAUCGAGGCAUCACCUUUCCCUGACUUCUUCGAGAUGUGCUACUGUUCUGUUCUGUGUUUCUCUCUCUUCCAGCGACAGUGAGUCCUAAUCUGAGCGGUGUUGGUGUUCUCCAAGAGCACACUCCCUGGGGGCGCCUGCUGGGCCUGCCACGGGAAGAUGAAGAGGAGACAAGUUCCAUUCGUUUCAAAUCAGCGUAGACACGAGACCCUUUUACUGUUUCUUCCACCACCCCUCUUCAGAUGAUGACAUCCCAGGGACUAGUCCUAGGAAAGGCCUGGCUGCCUGCCAGAGUAACAGUCUGCGAGGAACUCAGGGUGCAGAAGGAGGACUUCUGAUCAGUGGGCGUCCCCUCCUCACUCAUUCUAAUCACCUUUAAGUCAUCAUCACUGGUCUGCUUCACUUCUAAGGAUUUGAUUAAGGAAGCUGGUCUUCUUCCGGGUCACCGUACUACCUCCCGGCUUUGGAUGACAUCGUCUCGUUAUUUAUGUCCUCUGACAGGUCAACUCUCUUCUUCUGGGACUUUUCUCAUGUCAUGCCACGUCACAGAGAAGACACCGAACAAAGCAAGUGUUUCGUAUCCACACUAUCUCAGGGGGUAUCAGGUUGAGGUUGUUUCUCACCUGCUAAGGAAAUACAGCAAGGAAGGGCACAGCCCUCACGGGAGACCCUUGAGUGGCUCAUAGACUUGCACCCAGCCACACUCAGCCACAUCUCAGUCACCUUUGAAAACUGGGUAGAAGAAAUAGCCAUCUUUAAAGGGAGAAGCAACAUUUUCCCUCUCCACCAAGAUCACCUUGCAACAUCUCAAAGCUGUGGUUUUGAUCUUGUCUCAUCCCACAGGCCUGUCCUGUACGGGCACGCGGCAUGGAAUGCAUGCAGGCUGAGAUCAUCGUGGAGAUUCUCAAGGGUGAACAAGAUAGAUCUGUACCUGUGGCAGCUGCGGCUCGCUGUGCUCUGCACGCUACGGCCCUUCCUGUAGAGCUGGGAAGAGUCCCCAGCCCUCACACAACACUCUGGGAGGUGGCUAUCAGGCCAUGAGAGAAGACAUUCUACAUGAGAUUCCUGGACAUCCUUGUGUUAAAAACGCUGGAACAAAAUGCAGAAGGGCUCACUAAUAUCUUCUCCUCCAUCAAGCCAGUCCCAGUUAAUCCUUAGCUUUCUAGCUCUGACCUUUGAAAAGUCAUCUAACAAAUUGAGUCCUUAGCUCUCCUGGGAUGCUUGGUAUUUUAUUCCAGGAAAGAAACAAAGAAUGAGAAUUUUAUUCUGCUAACCACGUAUAAACCGAGGGGAGAUGAAGCUAACUGAACUUUUUGCUGCUGAAUUUGGAGUCUGUGUUUGAAAGGCUACCUUCAUGCUCCACAGGGUGCCUUCUGCCUCCUUGAGGCCCCUUCAUCGAGCUCUUGCCUUCUGAGCUAUGCAGAUAAUUUUAUAGGCAGAACUGCAGGCUAGGGUGAAAGACAACUCUGGUUGCAUGGGAUCCUGGCUCUUCCGCUGUCCUGGGACUUUGCUCCGACAAAGGACAGUGUUUGACAGUGCAUCCUCAACAGAUUGGUCUGUCAUGCCCUCAGCGUUCUGACGUGGCUCUGUCCCUGCCCCUGGACAUUCACAAUCAAUUUGUAACCUGCCCCGAUUCUCAGACAUUCACCCAGCAAAUGCUGCUGUCCGAGCCAUCAUUGUUUUUCCUUUCUUCUGCCCACGACUGUUCCCUGAAAUUUGCUUGUCUUUCUAUGAAAAGUCUAGUUCCCUCUUUCUUGGGCUGUCUAAGAUCUUCACUGACUACCCAGGCCUUUGACCUUGAUCUAAUCCUGUCCAAUAUCAAACUUCAGAAGUCCUCAGAAGUGCCCGAGGUCUUGGACUGUUACUCUGGAUAAAGCAGUGUUUUGUGAGAUGAUAAUGAAAUUCUCAUCCAAUCUGCUAAAUAACCUCAAACUCCCAAAGAAACCAAUUGACCUGCAAGACGUUGGGUUUACAUCUGAGAACUGUGUUGGAUUCUCUAGCUGCACAGUGCACAGGAACUUCCUAUAAAGCUACUUUGCUCUGGCAAGACUCAUGAUAUUAGCAUGGGUCAAGCGGUCAAGUUAACCCUAGGAUCCUGAAUCUUUAUUAUUAAACAGUCAGAGCACAGCAUAUGUAUAUGACAAUUCCAAGAAUUCUUUUUUUAAAAACUUAUUUACCUAUGUAUACAACUGCUCCAUUUGCUUGUGUGCCUGCACAACAGAAGAGGGCAUCAGGUCUCAUUGUGGAUGACUGUGGGCCACUACAUGGUUGCUGGGAAUUGAACUCAGGACCUCAGGAAGGAUAGUCAGUGCCCUUACCCACUCCCUUCAGCCCUCCAAGAAUUCUUUAAAAAAAUUAUCUUUUACAUUAUUAAUAGAAAAAAACCUCAUCAGUUUGUUCGAGCUGGAUAGCCAAUCAGAACAAAUCAGAUUUUAAAAUAAAGAUGGGCAGGGAAUAUAUCCCAGUUGGGAGUUGUUUGCCUCACACACACAGAGUCCUGGGUUCAGUUCUUAGCAUAAACUCGGCUGGCUGCAGGAAGGUCAUUCCUACAAGUUCAAGGUCAUUCUCUGCCACAGAGGGAGUUUGUGGUCAGCCUGGACUGUGUCAGACCUUACUCAAAAGAAACCCAAAAACCAAAAACAAAGAACCAUUUUAAAGUCACAUGCUUUGGUGCGUUUCUUUUUAAAGCAAAGUAGGUUGAUAACAUUGCCUGGGAGAAUUUCUUUGGAAACUCGUUUCAAUAAAUAUGUAAAAAUUUC